CCACUGAAGACAGUCCGGAGCGCCGUGUCAGUGCCGUUGCAGGGGAGGCCCCUUCCCGGCGGACGCAGGCCGGAGCUCUCAGCGCACACACCUCCGCCGCCGCGCCUGGGACGGUCGCGGGGACUGGGGAGCUCGCGCUGCUGUCUCUCUCCAACGCGAGCACGACUUUGGGGGCGGCAGGGCGCUCUGCGACAGCGCCCAGGGAAGCAGAGAGCGCCACACCGCGCGGGAACGGGACCGGGGCCGCCUCUGCCACCGCGCCAGCCGCCGCCCACCCGGGCACAGGGUCGCUGGCUGCCUCGCAUACCCUCGGAGUCACUGGAAUUAGCCAUGAUCAAGUGAGUGGCACAGAUAUUGACCAAAGGACUUCCAGCGACCGCACGGACCACACCUAUGUGACCUCUGCUAUCACCAAAGGAGAACGGGCUUUACUGUCCAUUGCAGACAACAGCUCGUCCUGGGACAUAAGGGAGAAUUCCACCUCUUCAGUUAAGAUCUCAAACUCUUCACAUUCCAACUACUCUUUCUUUUCUCCAGCUCAGACUGAAAGAAGUAAUGUUUCAUCCUAUGAAGCGGAACACGCUCAGCCUUCCACUGAGUCGCUGGUGCUGCAUGCAGCCAACCCUCCAUCCUACACCCCUGCCAUGAAUACAUCAGACACUACAGCUUUUUUGGAUGUGGACGCUGGGUGGGCUGGUGGUGCGUCUUCUUUGGGGCCCCCUUUGCCUCCACCUUCAGUGUCACAGUCCCACCAGAUAUUCUCAUCAAUCUUAGCCACAACCAGGGCCUCUGCUCAUGCAAUGCAGUCCAGCCCUGAUGCACCCACAUCUUUGUCUUCCUCACCACCACCUCUACCAGUAUCCCUGACAGCUUCCACCCCUUCCUCACUGUCUACUGCCCAAACAACUGUACCGCCUUCACCUUCUACCCUGGCCAUGCCCAGGGCAAAGGACUCUCCUGUGAUGUCAGUUUGGACGUCGACAGUGGCCUUAUCCACGGCAGCGCUCCCCAUAAGUCAGACAGCAGAUCCUGAGAAUCAGAGCAGCACACGCCCUGAGAAAGUUGUUACGGAACUGAAGCCGCCGAACCUGGAGUCUCUGCCCACAGAGGCCACUGAAGCUGUGACAGCGAGGUCUACUUCACGGUUCCCUAUGCCCACAGCCCUAAGAGAGGCUUCUGCUGAGCCAGCCCUUCCAGCCACGGGCGCCAGCGUAGCCCAAAUGUCUCCAGCUUUGACAACCACUGCUCUCAAGACCUCUCAGCCCCCCAUGACCACUCCAAGCCCCCCGACAAGCAUAGCAGCUCUGAUGGCAGACUCCACACCAGUACAGACAACAGCUGAAAAGCAGCUCUUCCCAACUAGGCCUGAAAUUCUAGCCCCACAAAUCUCAACAGAAGGUGCUGUCACCACAAAAAGGAGCCGAGUCCACGUAGAUGCCAGCACCCGACUGAUCCCUCUGACUAGUGUGCCCACCACAAGGCUUGGCAUUACAGAAGAGCACAGCCCCGCUUCCCAUUUCCUCAGAACAUCCUCUGCCCAAAGCACAGGUGUUCCUACAGCAGAAGCAGUGACUCCUAAGUCUACCACCCUCACAGCUCAGAGCAGCACGGAGCCACCGACAGAGCUGUCCCCUCCAGCCUCAGUUAACAGCUGUGCCACUAGCCCUUGCCGUCAUGAUGGGAAAUGCGUUGUAGACCCCACCAGCCAUGGGUAUCGAUGCGUGUGCUCACCUUCCUGGCAAGGGGAUGACUGCAGUGUGGAUGUGAAUGAAUGCCUCUUGAACCCCU